UAUCACGUGAGAGAACACAAUAAAUUUUGGGGGAAAAUGCAAAAUGUCCCUAUUCUAUUUUCAUCACUUGCCUUUGAAAACAUUUCUAUGUAGAUAGUAACCGAUGCACGUAUCCAUAGUAAUGUAUAAAACCGAGAUAAUUUAGAUUAAGUCGUGUAUUCUUUAUUAUAUUUGUAAUUAAAUAAAAUAAAUUAAAGAAAAGUCAAUUAUUAUGUUUAGUAUUAUUUUUAUUCUGCUAACUAGAUUUUAUAGCACAUAUUGUGAAGACUUUGAUAUUGAUACCAAUGGAUAUAUUGUUUACUGUCCUUGUAUGGGACGAUUUGGAAAUCAAGCGGAUCACUUUUUAGGUGCUUUAGGAUUUGCGAAAGCACUAAAUCGUACUCUAAUUAUACCACCAUGGGUUGAAUAUAGAACCGGAGAAACUAAAUCUAUACAAGUUCCGUUUGAUACGUAUUUUAAUGUUUCGAAAAUUCAGAGCUAUCAUAAAGCAUUAUUAAUGGAGGAUUUUAUGCAAGACAUUGCACCAAGAGUAUGGCAACCUAAGGAAAGAGUAUCAUUUUGCUACUCUGCGCGUGGUAAAGGAGAUUCAUGCAAUGCUAAAGAUGGAAAUCCAUUUGGCCCAUUUUGGGAUACGUAUAACAUAGAUUUUGUAAAAUCAGAAUUUUAUGGUCCUCUUCACUAUGAUGUUUAUCAUACAGAUAUGGCAAUGCAAUGGAAAAAACAGUAUCCUGCAUUACAUUGGCCAGUGUUAGCAUUUACAGGUGCCCCUGCUAGUUUUCCUGUACAAUUGGAAAAUAAAAGGUUGCAAAAAUAUGUUGAAUGGAAUACAGACAUGUUUAAUAAAGCAGUAACAUUUAUAAAACAAAAAUUACCAAGAGGAGCAUUCGUAGGAAUUCAUUUGCGCAAUGGAAUUGAUUGGGUUCGUGCUUGUGAAUUUAUAUCGAGCACACCAAAUCUUUUCGCUGCUCCACAAUGCCUUGGGUAUCGGAACGAACGUGGAAAAGCAACUUCUGCUAUGUGUCUACCAUCUUUUGAUUUGGUAAUACGUCAUCUAAAACGAGUUAUUCGCAAUGGUAAUGACAUCAAAUCGGUAUUCGUAGCAUCCGACAAUAACUAUAUGAUCGAAGAACUUACUAAAGCCUUAGCACGAAUGAAAGUUCCAGUUUUUAAACAGGAUUCACCCGCAUCACCUCAUUUAGAUUUAGCUAUUCUUGGAAGAGCAAAUUAUUUCAUAGGAAAUUGUAUAUCUUCUUUCUCAGCUUUUGUAGCAAGAGAAAGAGAAAUCAAAGGAUAUCCCACAUUUUUUUGGGGCUUCCCGUCGGAGAGGUCAUCAUCCUCAAUUACACAUGAAGAGUUGUAACGAGAUAAUCGUUUGAUUAUAGCUCGUCUCUUUCACUUACAUAAUGAAACACUAGAUGUAUUUAAAUUAUUACAAUUCAUUUAAAUUAUUCUAAAACUUCGCAUAAUCCAGUUUUCAUACAUUU